AACUAUACUUUUGUAGAAAAAAAAGAGUCACCAAAUCAAACACAAACCAUAUAUUAAUGGUAAAAAUUCUAACCAAAAACCUAAAUUCAUCAUCUUCUUCAUCUUUCUUUUUCCUUCCCUCUCCUUCCCAUCUUUUUCCUUUCUCAGAUUGGAUGGAGAACCCACGGGUUCUUUAAGAGAACCUAGAUUAACUCACAAGGAAAACCUAGAUCUAGGUUCUCUUGUUCAAUAGUGUUCAAUAGAUCAAGGUGGAGGGAAGUGGAAGAAGAGGGGAAGGAGAGGAGGAAGAAGAAGAAGAGUGAAGCUCUUGUCAAGAAGCCAUUGGAUUUGAAGAUGAAGGGGACAAUGAGAUUUGGAGAUGAAGGGGUUUAGAGAAAGGAGGCCGGCUCUGAUGAAAUGGAAGUGCAGAGAGCCGGCUCUGGAAGCUGCAGCCAGCUCUACGGGCAAAAAUUUGAAGACCGUUGUUUGGCGCGCGGGGAGAAAAGAUGCAAAGCCGGCUCCAACUUUACAGCUGGCUCUGACUGUGGAAGAAAACAGAAUGUGCAGCAAUCUCGCAAAGCCGGCUAUAGAAAUGGUAAGCCGACUCUACAGAGCUGGCUCUAGGAAGCUGAGCCGGCUCUCCUAACAAUCCUGCAACUUGACCUUUGCGUCCUGCAGAGCAUUUAAUGACUCCCAAUGGUUAGAAAUGGCUAUUUUCGAGCAAGGGGUUAUAAAUAUGGUUGGUAAUAGAUCUGAAGAAGUUUAGAGAGCAUUGCAUUGAAUAUCUUUACCUACCUACACGAGCUUUAACUUGAGUUUUUGAUCUUUGAGAGAUCUUUACUUGUAAUUCUCUUAUUAUUCUAUUUGUGAGUGAUCUUGGGGAUGUGAUUAAUCCUUCAAGAGUGAUUUGUAGAGAGGAUUCUUAGGGUUUAAGUGUAAAGGGGUGAGAUUUGAGAGAAACACCCUUCUUUUUGUAUAAGGAUUGAGUGGCUCCUUUAAGCCACCCUUGUUGUUGUUAGUGGAGAGUGUGGAGGAAAUCCUUGGUGAGUGAAGCCAAGGUAGAGGACUAGGUUCCAAGUGGUUGGACUAAACCUCUAUAAAAUCAUUGAAUAAGC